AUGCUCUGCUGGGACCUGUGCUUGGCCCUACUCCUCAUGGUCCUCCCAGUGAGGUCUAUACCGUCCACCAACAUCAAGAUCACUCAAGCGAUGCCCCUGCAGCUGUCGGAGCCGGCCACGCCCGCCUCCUGCCCCCUCUUCUGGACAGAGUUUGAGGGUCAUUGUUACCGCUUCUUCCCUCUGAACCGAACGUGGGCGGAAGCCGACCUGUACUGCGCAGAGUUCUCCAACGGGCUCAAGUCGGCCAAGCUGACAUCCAUACACAGCUGGGAGGAGAAUGUCUUUGUCUAUGACCUGGUAAACAGCCGCAUUCCUGGAAUUCCCACUGACAUAUGGAUCGGCCUCCAUGACAGGCGACAGGAGGGCAGCCUGGAGUGGACGGACGGCUCUCACUAUGAGUACAGCUACUGGGAUGGGAACCAGCCGGAUGAUGGGAUCCACCGGAUCCCCGAGGAGGAGGACUGCGUUGAGAUCUGGUACAGGCCAAACAGUGCUCUGAGGUCCUGGAAUGACAACAGCUGCAACAAAGCCUUUCCCUUUGUAUGCAAGAUCCCCACGCUGGACACCUAG